GAGCAUGGCUUGUCAGAGAAUUAUCACAGGGGUCAGAAAGGCAUUUUCCCCAUGUGCAGCAGUGCAUCGCUUGCCAGGUGCAAUAUGGGAGAUUUUAUCUUCCCCUGAAACACAGCAUGCAUUAUAUGAGUCUAGAGGAAUUGAUGGUGUGAUGUGGUAUGGCAGAGGUAGGAUUCUGGGUGACAAUUGCCCUUGUGGUAUUGGGGACUAUGCCGUUCAGGGCUAAGCUUCCCAGAUACAGUCUGGGCAAGACGUUUUAAAGCCCUUGUUAUUAUGCACAGCCAGUUGGAACCGGAUACAGAAUAAAGCAGAGCUCUUGCAAGUUCCUUAAGCACUGGGUGAUCACUCAACACCACAGCUCUGGGGUUCCUCUAGGAACCAACUGUUCCAGUCCUGCUCCCACUGCUCAUCCCUGCCCCAAUGAUCUGCUCCUACAGUUCCAUCCUGAUCUAUGGCAGCUCCUGCUCCUCCUGUCCUGGCCGUCCCACACACAGCUCUGCCAAUGCAUAGAUAUCCUGACCUGCAACAAGUUAGAACCCAGAGGUUAAUGCACAGAACUCUUCUACCACUGGGAAUGGCCCUAUCGGAAAAAAAGAUUUCACAUGUUAAGACCCAGCCUCUGAGACAGCUGACUUCCUGUGUACCUGAGUGGCCCAGCUGCAGAUGGAAGGUCUCCCUCCCUGCUCCCUGGCUCUGAACCUGACCUCUUCUUCUUUCAUCUGCAUAUUCAGAAGCACCUUGAAGCUGGUUGGCUGCUAUUGGCCUCCCCAUCCCCCUCUUUAACAGGGACCAAGCUCAGAGGACUCUUCAAUGCCAGUGCUAGUGCUUCAGUGCCUCUUGUUUGCCACACUCUCCAGACACUCUGGGAACACAGGGUACCCUGCAGGCGCCUACCAUCCCACCCGCCACACACAAAGGGGGACCAGCUCCAGCUCUCAGAAACAGCUAGCACAUCAGCAGUCCUCAAGUCCUAGGGUGUUCCUGUAUAACAAGUACCAUCAUCAAAACAACUGCUGAGUGGCAACUGUUGAGUGUCAGGUCUUCAUCUUCAAGAGUGGAAAAAACUAUGAAUGGGAGCUGUGUCUCUGAGCAGGAUGGAGAUAGCUCGAGUUCAGGACACUCAGGUGGGCAGAAAGAAGAGCCCUGUCUCCAAAGAGACUCGUUGUUCUCUUCCCCCAGUGUGUCCAUCAUAUCACAACUCCUCAACCAGACAAUCGUUAACAGGAGCCUGGAUCCAAACUUCCUUUUCCCUUCCUUGCAGACAACGGAAUCACCCCAGGAAGCCAGGGACUGCCCAUCUUUUAAGGAAGGGACACCAACCCUGGCCUCCCCUCUGUGCUAUACUCCAAUCUCCAGUUUUGGUGACACAGACCAGUUCUAUAAUGAACACUUACGAGCUAAGAGGGCCAGAGUGGAAAGCAUUAUCCGAGGUAUGACCCUCUCACCAAACCCUAUCACACUUGGUACCAAUGGGGAAAGAGACAGAGAACGCCCUGUGGAGAAAAGAAGUGAGAACUACAGGGAGAACAAGAGAAAGCAGAAGCUUCCCCAGCAGCAAAGCCCACAUGUAGCACAGCUUGCAGGAAGAGGCAGGAGCAGUGCCAAGGCAGAGGAGUGCCACCAACUGAAGGAACAGCUUCAAGUUUUGCAGCAACAGCUGAGGCAGCUUCAAGAGAAAUUCUUGCAGGUUUAUGAGUUCAGUGAUUCAGAUCAAAGCUAUGAACGGAUGGCGAAGACUAUGCACUUACUGAAGGGGAAGUGUGGAGACAGUCUAAAUGAAAGCCGUCAGGCUGCUACCAGUGACCAACACAGAACUCUUCUUCGGAGGAGCAUCUCAGAGAUGGAAGAACACAAAGUGUCAGAAGAAGAAAGGAGAAUGGAGGAUCUGGGUGAACUGUCCUCUGAAGAAAGAACCUUUUCUGAGACAUUAAAGCAUGAGCUAGCCACAGUGGUAUCUCAGACGGUGGACACAGUUUUAAAACAAAUAUUGUCCAAGCCAUCAGGCCAUCUGGCUCAGCUGUACAACAGCCUCCCAAUCUCAGUGUCAGACAGCAGAAGAGAGGAUUUUGCCACUGAGGAAUACUCCAGCAGAAAAUCGCUUCCUGGGGCUUCCUCCCAAAAUUUGGUAAACUCACUGACUGAAGCCCACACAGAGGCCUUGUCGCUAGUCAUGGAGAAGUCUCCAGACUUUCAUGCUCACCCAAUCAGUUCAAAAAUAGCUAGAAAACCCUGCCAUGUGCCUAACAUGAAUCAUCCCUUGGUCAUGACUUCUCAAGUUCAAGAAAAACAGAUUCUUAGCCAGCUACUAGAGUACAGUCAAAAUAGCCAUUGGAACAGCAGUCCUCACAGAAUUGCCUCUUCCCCAGACUGGUCUUCUCAAGAGUCCCUAGAUCUACCUUGGAGAGCAGUCAAAUUGAAGUCAUCAGUCAUGAGACACCAGCAAUAUCCAAUGUCCCUUAACACUGCUGAAAUGGAAAAUUUGACUCUUCUUCCAGCCAGGAAGGCAGAAUGUGGAGAGCUGCAGACUGUGAUGGAUGGGAUGCCCUUCUCCUCAUAAAUCCAGGAGGCUCUGACCCCUGGCCACCUGAAGAAGGCCAAGCUGAUGUUCUUCUUCACUCGCUACCCCAGCUCCACUCUGUUGAAAACCUACUUCCCUGAUGUCCAGUUCAACCGCUGCAUCACUUCUCAGCUCAUCAAGUGGUUCAGCAACUUCCGUGAGUUUUACUACAUCCAGAUGGAGAAGUUUGCCCGACAAGCCAUCUUGGAGGAAGUCACGGAUUCCAAACACCUGAUGGUUUCUCGGGACUCUGAGCUCUUCAGAGCCCUCAACAUGCACUAUAAUAAGGGGAAUGAUUUUGAGGUCCCUGAUCGCUUCCUGGAGGUUGCUAGCAGGACCUUGCGGGAGUUCUUCAGUGCUGUCAGGACAGGGAAGGACUCUGACCCCUCCUGGAAGAAACCCAUUUACAAAAUAAUUUCAAAACUGGACAGUGACAUCCCGGAUGUGUUUAAAUCUUCCAGCUGCCUCCAAGAACUACUCCAGAGUUAAAUCUGCAUGGGAAGUGGCCUAAGACUAUGUCAUGCUGCAGCUUGAUCAGAGAGAGGCUGGCCUGAGCUAAGCAGCUGUGGGCCCGGCCUACAUUGUGGGUAAUGUUACUAGUACAAACAGCAAUAGCACCAUUUAUUAUGACUAUAUCUAAUCUGGUCUGAAGCGUGCCCUCCCUUCUGGUGAGGUCUAUCUAUUACAUACGUGAACUGCCAGUAUUUUAUGUCACUCUUAAUACCAGUGAUCCCCAAACUUUUUACCUCACGGGGCCAACAGCCAGGCACUAGGAGCAGAGCCCCGGGAAUGGGACUGUCUUCUGCAGCCCUGGGCUCGGGACUGGGACUGGAGCCACUGGCACAGGGCCAGCAGCUGGGACUGGGAGCGGAGCUGGGUGGCGCCCCCUAUCUGCCCCCCACGGGGGCUAGCCCAGGCCCCAGCCACGCCCCCUAUGGGAGUACGCCCCACAGUUUGGGGAUCUCUGUGUUAUACGUUGUAGCUCAAAGCAAGUGAGGCCUCAUGCCUUAGACCUAUAGGGAAGAAGGAUGGUGGUUAUGUCAUCUGGCUGGAAGAUCUAAAUUCUAUUCCUAGUGCUGCCCUAGCAUGCUGUGUGACCUUGGGCAAGUCACCUUCCCUCUCUGUGCUUUGGUGUCCCCGUCUGUAAAACAGGGCUAAUAUCAUUCCUGUUUAUAAAUCACAGAGGUCCCUGAUGGAGGGUCUUAAUAAAGGGCAAAGAAUUCUUGGCCAAGUGAAGCAAGGUCCUACACCCAACAGCAUUUCUGUUUUACCAUCUGUUUGGAGUUAAUAUGAUAACUUUUAAAUACUGCAAUGAUCAGUUCCAAAAUUCCAGGCCCCAGGACUCGCAUCAGAUAUCAACAGGACUAUCAACACGCCCAUGUGAUAGAUGCAAAACAAUAAUUCCUACAAUAGAGCUCGUAACGGAACAGAUGGAGGAAGUGGGUGAGAUGAGAGAAUGCGGGUCCCUUUCCUGGCUCCCCAGCUGCUUCCUGUAAGAGUGCCUCUUAGCCUUUGCACGCUGGAUCCAAACAUUUGAGUGUACUUUUUAGUGUGCAUUUGUGAAAUAGUAUAGCAGAAGAAAUUGCUAGCCAAUUACUCUCUCUCUUGCUGUCGCAGCAGACUUGGGGAGGGCAGGGGAGGGAGGGAGGUAUGAGCAGCUGACCUGAGCAGAGUCCCAUGAUCAGUUGCCAUGAAUGCAACUGAUAUUGUUCUGUAGUGCCAUCCUUGAUCAGCCACUUGCCUAGGGAUGGAAACUCACUGAACUCAUGAAAUUAAGCUCCAAGUUCUCUUUGCACUGACUUGUAUUUCUGUUGACAUAAAUUCCUUAACAUUUAACCUUCCUAACUGAUAAAAGAGGAGAAGCCACCUGGUUCCCUCUUGUGCCAGCACUGUUGAGAGGACUAUGAUUUAGGGUCUGUCAGUCCUGUAUCCCGGCUUUUUCCAAAUCAAACUAUAACUCCUCCUUUCUGUGAUGAGCUAGGCUGAGAUGUUUGCAUCUAUUACUAAGCCAAGUGGAAGGCCUGUUCCAUCACCACACCUAUAUAGUAGUUUUGUAGAUACUAACAAGGGUUAUUGGUUGUAUCU